GGACAAGGGACCCAGGCGUCCGGGAGAGCCCCGCUGCCAGGUGCCCUCCUCCCGCCCCGCUGCCUCUCCGCAACCUGGCCAGAUGCCUGGGUUCCCUGGGACCGGUGCCAGGGCUAUAUAGGGGCUGGAGCAGCCGCCACCUCUCAGUCUCCAGCUCCAGCACCCUCCAGCCGCCCCCAAAGACUGCCGCCAUGUCGAACUCCAAGCAGCGCCUGCUCCGGGGGAUGCAGGAGGACCUCACCUGCCCCCUCUGCCACCGCCUCUUCUCCUCCCCGGUCACGGCUGAGUGCGGCCACAGCUUCUGCCGGGCCUGCCUGGCUGCGGUCCCCCGCGGGGACUCCCCUGGGGACCUGGCCUGCCCCACCUGCGGGGCCCCAACCCGGCCCGACCAGCUGGGCCUCAACCAGCCCCUGGAGCACCUGGUCGAGUGUUUCCGCCAGGUGCCCCACGACCACUGCGAGGAGCACAUGGACCCCCUCAGCGUCUACUGCGAGCAGGACCGCCAGGUUAUCUGCGGCCUCUGUGCCUCCCUGGGCCGCCACCAGGGCCACCGCGUGCUCACGGCGGCCGAGGCCCACGACCGGAUGAAGAAAGAGCUGCCCCAGCAACAGGCAGUGCUGCAGGAGGCCCAGGCAAGCAAGGAGAAGGCCAUCGCCCAACUGGACCGGCAGCUGGCCGAAGUGAAGGAGGUGGUGGGGCAGUUCCGGGCACAGGUGGGGACGGAGCUGGGCCGGCUGCGCGGGUUCCUGGGGGCACUGGAGGCGGCGCUGGGGGCGCAGGCGGGGGCCGUGGCGGCGCAGGCGGCCGGGGCCCUGCAGGCCGAACGCAACACCCUGAGCCGCUACCUGGACCAGCUGCGCGAGAUGGAGGCCGUGCUGGGCGACGUGCACCACGAGACCCAGACCGAGUUCCUGCGGAAAUACUGUCUGGUAGCCAGCAGGCUGCAGAAGAUCCUGAGCGAGGCUCCCCCCGCCGCCCGUAUGGACAUCCAGCUGCCUAUCAUCACCGAUGACUUCAAGUUCCAGGUCUGGAGAAAGAUGUUUCGGGCCCUGAUGCCAGCCUUGGAGGAGCUGACCUUCGACCCCGCCACGGCCCACCCCCACCUGGCGGUGUCCAGAGACGGGCACCGGGUGGAGUGCCUGGACCAGAAGCAGGCAGGCGCCUCCCCGGACGACCCCGGACGCUUCGACAAGGCCAACGCCGUGCUGACCCGCCAGAGCUGGCUGGACGGCGAGCACUACUGGGAGGUGGCCGUGGGGGACAAGCCCCGCUGGGGGCUGGGCGUCAUGGCUGCCGAGGCCGGACGCAAGGGGCGCCUCCAGGCCCUGCCCUCUCACGGGCUCUGGCUCCUGGGGUGCCGUGAGGGGAAGCACUACGAGGCCCAUGUGGAGCACAAGGAGCCCCGGGCCUUGAACCCGGAGGCCCGGCCUCGGCGUGUAGGCAUCUACCUGAGCUUCCAAGAGGGCGUCCUCUGCUUCUACGACGCCACCGACCCAGACAACCUGGCACAGCUCUUCGCCUUCCGCGAGCGCUUCCCCGGCCCGCUGUACCCCUUCUUCGAUGUCUGCUGGCACGACAAGGGCAAGAACAGCCAACCCCUGGAGAUCUGCGUGGCCAAGGGGCAGGCCUCCUCCUAGGUCCCUCGGCCUCCACCUGGCCCGCCCUGAAAGCCCUGAUUUCCCCCACCCCCCGCCCAGCCCCAGGUGCAGGAAGUGAGGUUGUUCAAGGAAGAAAUGUCGCCCAGUCAGUAGAU